AAAUCCAGGACGUCACUUUCCUGAAACCCUUCUUUACUUGAGCUUCUUUUCCUUCAUUUUCCAAAUCAUCAGUUAGUUAAAAGUAGGAUACCAUAUUUAAUCAAAAGUUGGCCAACCGAAAUUACCAAUCAACACCGGAUUCUCCUCAGAUCACUCGUAUAAAUAACGGUCGUUCUUUCGGUUCAAACCAUCGCUCAAAAAUCGAUCAAUUACCUAGCAAAUUAAACUAAUUCUUGAGAUUCAAUUUUUCUGAGAAAGAACUAAAUCAUUCAUUUGAAAAAUGGCUUCAAAGAGUACAUUGAUCUGCUUUGCUCUGGGUGUUUUCUUGAUCAUGUGCAUCAAGGACGCAAAAGCUCAAUCGGGUUGCAGCAGUUCUCUGAUGGGUCUGGCUCCCUGCCUGAGUUAUGUCACCGGAAAUUCAUCGGCGCCGUCUCCGACUUGUUGCUCCCAGCUCGCAUCUGUGGUUCAAUCCGCACCCGCUUGCCUUUGUUCUUUCACCAGUGGAAAUUCCAUGGGAUUUGCCAUUAAUCAAACUCUCGCUCUUGCUCUUCCUCAAGCCUGCAACAUCCAAACUCCUCCCGUUAGCCAAUGCGAUGCUGGAACAAAUGGACCAGCAAGUUCCCCUGCAGCAUCGCCUUCCCCUGUUCCAGCAGCUUCGCCAGAGAGUCCUUCAGAUGAUGCUUCUAACCCAAAUACAGCUACUCAAACUCCGGCCACCACAACUCCAACUCUUCCCGGUGGAUCAUCAAAGACUACCCCGACAGGCACAAAUGAUGGAAACCUUAAGAAGCCAGCCUUUUACCUGUUUUUCGUUGCAAUGGGUUCAAUCCUUGCCAGUUUUUGAGUAAUUCGUGAUUGAAGAAGAGUCUACUUUUUGGUUGUAAAAUUCUUAUUGUUACAAUUAUUUGUUUUGUCUCGAUGCCCUUGAGGCCUAUUAUUUUUCUAGUGGUAAUUGCUGCGUUGAUGUAUUCAUACAUUGUUGUUUGUUGAAUGAAUACCAGAGGG